AUGUUUGCUUUAGCAGCAGAAGAGGAUGUAGACGAUAAAGAAAAUAAGUGUGGACACACCAUAGAACUUUUAAAAGUGUUCAAAGCACUUCCAGAAAAAUGUAUUUCUCUUAUUUUAAUAGCAUGGUUAGACGGUUCACCAUGGAUACCAGAGAACAAAAGUCGAAUAUGCAGCAAACAUUUUAUAGGAAAUGAAAAGUCAAAUGAUCCUCGCAGUCCAAGUUAUAAUCCAACAAUUUUUCCACCUGCAUACAAAAAGCUUUGUGUGAACAGUGAGCAAGCUUUGAACAGGUACAGAAGAGUUUUGAAAAGGCCGAAUCAGCAAUUCAGUGGUGUGCCUAGUUUGAAAAGAAGAAAAAUAGAUACAAUGCUAAAUCAUCAAUCCUCUGUAGAUAUCAGCAUGCCAGAUCAUAGUAGAAAUAUUGCUUGUGAAAAUGAAACAGAAUCUACUAACAAUGUUGAAAACAGUGCACCCAGUAAAACAAAAAUUGAUUGUGGAGUCCAAGUUGAUUUUAUAAGCAUGGAUAACGUUGUUAAUGAUAUUUUUAUGUGCAACCGAUACAUUUUUACCACUGGAACUUGUGACAUGCUUUUUAGCCAAAUCCUUUCCCUUACAAAUCUUCUGUUCGCCGAAUUUAAUAUCGUGCGUUAUUGGCUGGAAGCCUGUCCUUAUGCUUAUCGUUUGAUUUAUAAUUUUGUGCAAAUGAUAUACGGCAAAAUCGUGCCAGUAUGUAAACAAAACGAGAUUUGUAGGUUAUACUUAUUAGAUCAUGCUUAUCUCACGUAUAAAUAAUAAAACUACACUUUUAUUUGUCGGAAAGCGAAGACUUAUCGGAUAUACAAGCUAUCAUGAUAACUUUUUUGAAAACUAGAUCAUAACAAUAAAAAAAUGGAUGAAAGCUCAAAUAUUUCUAUACACUACAAUACAUUUGACGAGACGGAAGUUGAG